GCCUCGAUCGAGCCGAAUCAGUAAUCCGGAACGGCAUCAUUCCUGGGGCGAUUUGUGUAUGCGAAGCGAUUUGAAGACCUUUCCCACCUUCUGACCCAAUCCCCAUUGUGGGAGCACCAUGGAUGUAGAAAAAAAUUUGCCUUACGCCUCCAUUGAGCACUCUACUCAGCUCCAAGCCCAGCAACGGCAGCCUUCGCCUUCAUCACUAGGAUUUGCAGACAGCGGAGGCCGUCCACAGACUCAGUCAUCGGCGACUGAGAAGCCCCUACUUGGCAGCGACAGUUCACGGGGACAUUCACCGGGUCGUGAUCGCAAUGAUCCAUACACGGAUUUUGAGCCCGUCCCUCAGGCUCCCCCAGCUACGAGAAGCCGGGACGGUCAUCUGAUGCGUGGAAUGUCGCGGCGCACAGGCCAGGCUCCUGUCAGUGCUUCUGGCCUUGGCUGGAUAUUGCCCGUCGAGGAGAAACCUCACCGACGAACCAUUGGAGAGCGACUCGAUCCAAGUAUUCUCAACGCGGAGAGAGAGAGGGCACAAUAUGCCACAAAAGCAAAAAUAACAGGCUACGCGUUGAACAUCGCGAUAGGUUUACAGGUUUUACUUGGGGCACUUACUACGGGUCUUGCGGCGGCAUUAACUGGUAAGCAGGUUUCUAUCGCUACCACUCUUCUUGGUGGCAUGUCGACAUUAGUUGCUUCCUACCUCGCUCGGACAAGGGGAUCAAAUGAACCAGAAUUAUCCAUCACUCGCGUAAAGGACCUAGAUCAAUUUUUAAGGGACUGCCGGUCCUUCAAAAUGGACCACGGACAUGAAUAUGGAACAGCUGAAAACGGGCUGAAUGAUCAUCUCGAGCAUCUCAGAAAAAGGUUCGAAGAACUUCUUGGAAAUGCUGAUGGGCAGCGGAAGCUUUCCCCGUCCUUCUAGUAAUUCGUCUACAAGCCGAUAUGUAGACCUCUGAAAUAGUAUCUAACGUCACUUUGCCGUCCCGAAACAUUCACUACAGAUGGCGAUUCUUGCUGGCAUCCAAAGCCUUCCUUCAUACUUAU